AUGGGAUCGCAGCAAGCAAUAUUUGCCUCUGUAGCAACUCUUGUAUUGGGCUCUAGCGAAGACGAUUCAAGAGAUCUUACUGAAGAAGAAAUUUUAAAAGAGCUGAAAAAAGAAUCAAAUCUAAAUGAAGCAAAAAGAUUUAGAAUGAAAAACGCAGUAGUAGAUCAAGAAACUGAUCCAGGAAAUCCUAAAUGGUAUGGAAUUUGAUCUACUUCUCUAGACAAACUUGGAAAAUAUGGAGUUGGGCUAGAACUUUACUUCCUUUUUCUAAAGCAAAUGGCUAUAUUAUUUUUUAUAACAGCGUGUCUAAGCAUUUAUCCUGCUUAUACAAAUUCUACAGGAAGCAUUAUUGCUGAUGAUGAAAGUCAAAGUGGAUCAAGGUAUAUGCUAUUUUCUAUUAAAUUAAUAAAUCUUUAAAAAUAAAUCAAUAUUAUUUUUUAUUUCAAUUAAAGUAUACAUUAGCAAAUCCUUGGUGGUUUAAAAGUUAUCAAGAUGAAUUUUUAGACACUGAUAUAGAUAACAAAACUUGUAUUCCAUGAAUAGAAAAUAAAGAUUGCAGCGCUAACUAUAAUAACUCCAAAGACUGAAAAGAUGACACUCUUGAUGAUGCUAAUGAAAAUUAUAAAGAAAUUUGGAUUAUUGAUGCUGUUUACUCGUGGGUAUUUUUAAUAGGAAUAAUUACGAUUCUUAUUAUCAAUAAAAUAAAAAUCCAUCACAACUCAUUAGGACAGAGCAGGGUAUCAGAUUACUCUAUUGAAGUAGCCGGAUUUCCUUAUGAAAAUAUUGACAAAGAAGAAAUAAGAAAUCACUUCAGCAGUUUCGGAGAAAUAGUGGACGUAUAUUUAGGUAGAUCUUAUGGAGAUCUGCUUUAUUUUUAUAAAGAAAAAGCAACGGUUUUAAAAGAGAUCAAUGCCCAGAAAAUUUUUUUGGGAGAUGAUCCUGAAAUGGAGUCAAAUAACAAAAAACUCUCUAAGCUUCAAAAUAAACUUUCCAAGCUUAAUGAAAAUAUAACGAUUUCCAGCUUUGAUAAGCUUCAUAAUGAGCUUCCUGUGCAUAGAGCUUAUAUUAUUUUUAAUACUAAAGAAUCUAGAGCUCAAGCGAUUACAAGAUAUAGAAAAGGAUUUUUUGGCUGGAGGCACAAUAAAAGCCCAGAACUGAAAUUUAGAGGGACACAUCAAUUGAAGGUAUAUCCAGGCUCUGAGCCAUCAGAUAUCAUGUGGGAGAAUUUAGAACUAAAACGUUGCGAAAGGAGAUCAAGGAUUAUUUUAUCAGUCAUAAUUGCUAUUUUUAUGAUGAGCUUAUCAGUCGGCUUGAUAUUUUUGAUGAGAAGGGGUUCUGAGCAUGUUUAUGACUCUUAUAAAUGCUUGGAAAGCAAUAAAGAGGAAAUUGGGAAAAAAUCAUAUAAAGAGGUGAUAAGUGAAACUAGGUGAGAUCCCCAUGGCAAAGAAAGAGCCUGCUGGUGCAGCCAGCAGACUAUAAAAGGAUGAACUCAAAAGCCAGAAAUCAGAUCAAUCUGCCUAAACUAUGUCUAUAAGCGGCUAUCUUCUGCUGCAAUCAACUUUUUUAUAUGCUUUGGCAUCGUGGUUACUAAUUUUAUCCUUAGGCUUCUUCUGACCACUUUAUCUGAGUUUGAAAGACGCAAGAGCUACAAUCUUAGGCAGACACAUACAAUGCUCAAAAUUUUUGUAGCAAUGCUGUUUAACACAAUUCUUGCCCCAAUUCUAGUUCACGUUAAAUAUGGAGAUGAUGAAGAUUCAAAAGAACUGGUUGAAGGCCAAUUUCGGGAUUUUUCAAAGUGGUGAUAUUUGAGGGUCGGCUCAAUGUUUUUCAUUAUGAUGUGUAUCAGCAUCAUUUCUCCUCAUUUUAUAUUCAAUUUUCUAGUUGCGUACAUGAGAGGCUUAUGAAAGAGAGUUAGUGGCUAUAGGUUUUAUAAGUCUCAAUAUCAAAUGCAUAAUGCAUUUAUUGGGCCAAUAUUUGUGAUAGCUUCACGAACAUCUAUGAUUUUGACAGUAAUUUUUACCUGCUUUAUUUUUUCAGGAGGAAUUCCUUUACUAAAUAUUAUUGGGUUUUUAGCUUUAUUUGUGAUUUACUGGACUGAUAAGUUUUUGAUUCUUAGACAUUAUAGAAAGCCUCCACAGUAUAGCCAUCAUAUAUAUAGCAGUGCUAUUAAAGCUAUGCCACUUUGUGUUUUCUUUCAUUCUUGUGUUUCUCUUUAUGCUUAUGGAUGCCCAAAUGUAUUUCCUAAGGGUUUUGUUUGGAAAACUAAUCAUGAGCUUGGUUUAAGCUAUUAUGAUUAUCAAGAAAAAGAUCUUGGAGAUCGAGCUGCUAUGGACCAUGGCAUUGUUUUUUUAAUAUUAGCCAUUGUAAGCUUCAUAUUAUUCUUGCUAUUUGAAUUUUCUGAAAAAAUAACUAGAGAGGUCAAGAGAAUACUACUGCUUAAAGACCAUCCAGAAACCAGCAAAUUUAAGGAUAUUGAAGAAGAUAUGAAAAAAUAUACACUUACGAGGUAUGAUUUAGAAUUGAAUCCGAAUUAUUCGUAUUUAAUUGACUCAAUGAAUCAAGAUGUAGAAGAAGGGAGAUUUGUGUUGAAAAAAAUGAAAACUUUUGAUAAUCUGAGAGCAGCUGAAAAUGGUAUUAAAUAUAAUAAAUAAAAAUGCUUUGCUAAUUAAAAGUUUUAUAUUUAUUUAAAAACCUAUUUUCUGAGAAAUUAAGAAUAAAGCUGUAGAUUUCGAAAUUUUUUUUAAAUGCAUUAAGUUUACAUCACUUUCAGAAGAAUCUCGACGCUUUAAUCCAGAAGAAAAUGUGGGCAGGGCAAGUCCUGAUAAAAAAAUAGAAUUAACUGAGCCAGUUCCUAUUAUUUUUUCAGAUCCAACAGCCCGUAUUCCUACUUUUCAGUCAAGGCCACCAUCUAUAAAUUUAAAUUUAGAGCCUGAAGCUGACUCAAAUGACAAAGAUGCAACAAGCACAAGUCCAAAUAGGAGAGCUCCUAAAUUUGAGGUACAAGACACAUCCAUGAAAUCUUUUUCAUCCGAGGGGUCAGAAGAUUCUAGUCAUGGGAUGUAUGAGUAA